AUGAUGCUGCAGAACUCUGAAGAGCGACGAACCAGGAACGAGGCGAUGGAGCAGCCGAAGCUCGUAGCCGAGCUGGUGACGGGGAUGAAGUUCCCGCUGACCAUGGAGAUGCCUCCAUUCCAGGUCACGUCUUACCAAGGCCACCGUCCUGGUUAUGUCUACAAGAUGGGGCCUAAAGGGGUGGGGUACUACCCCGAUGCCUACAGAGGAGGGAACAAGUACGUCCACGCGGAGACGGAGGCGAAGCAGCAGCACCUGAUAGGCAUCGGAAUGCGAUGCAUGCUCCAGAAGUGCGAGUUUGCCUUGGCUCAGGCGUAUGCGAUCGGGCUGUAUAUCGACGAGAGCUUCGUGGAGGAUGAGAGUUUGGCCCAGGGAAGGCACCUCGACGCAAGGCCGCUAGAGGACCCGCGGGUUCGCAAGACGCUCAGGCUGGUGAUGGCGAGAGAAGUGAAGGGCCCGCACAUCGCCAAAGGGUUCGACCGGACUCUCAUCAACGUCCUCCGCAGGAUGACAAACUCGAAGAAGAGCCCAGGGAAGGACGCUCUCAAGAAGUUUACCAGCAUUUUCUCCAGCUGCGGGACUUUGCAGCAGAACGAUGACGUCAUGCUGUACAUGCCGGGAGACGGAUCGCUCACUAUCUUCAUCAAAGGGGAGUCUCGUGGAAGGAUAGACUCGCAGUUGCUCUGCGACGCGGUGACGGAGAUGUACAUCGGCAGCAAGCCAGUCGGGCCACUGAUCCGCAGCAACUUCCUAGCAGGGUGA